AUGAACUCAAUCGAAAGAAAACACUUCUUCGUGUGGAACGUCUUACCAGUGUGCUUCGGUGACCAAAUCGCUCCAAAUAGGCUGCCAUUUCCGGAAUUGUGUGAACUCAGUGGCUUCAAGGCCCUCUUGGACCAACUCAUCAACGAUCUGUCCGACUUGCAGAUCAUUACCGACGGACUCAUAAACGAACUCAAGACGAGACCGGAACGAAUCAGACCAUUGCUAAAGCGAUACGCGCAGGACGCAAAUAGAACCCCCACGUGCGUCGCAUGGACUUUCUUCUAUGCAACUCUCGGAACCUAUCUCUGUCUUCGAGAAGAAUCACACGACCCCCGGAUCUAUCAGAGAUGGAGAAACUGCCUUCUCGAAAUCGCAAACACAAGGCUUGACGACAGCGCCUUCAACUUCGAACUCGCCCCAACCCUAUACCUUCUUAGCCGCUCACGAGCUACAGCAAUCGGGUCAAUCAUUGAUGCUUCCAGACAAGCCGACCAGGAAAGGGAACAAGACAGCGGAAACGAAGGCACUGAAAGUGGAUCGGACAUCGCCGAAGAGGAUUUUCUGCCAGCCAACAGUGAAAUCAAUGGGAAUGAAGAGCAAGAGCAAGUACUCGAACAACCAAACUCAAUGGAGUCCUCACCAGCAAACAAAGCAGCGCCUGAACGUCCCGAAGAGGAGACAUCUCUAUAA